GCGUGACGUCAGCGCGGCUGCUGUCAGUCAGACAAAGACAGUCAGUCAGUCAGUCAGGGCGAGUCUUCUUCACAACAUCAUAUAAACUAUCAUCUUCAUCGCCUGACAGAGCGCAUUAAAUGAUCUGCUGCGCUGAGAUUUUGUGUAUUUUCCUCAUUCCAGAAUGUCUCACUACACAGAUGAGCCACGCUUCACUAUCGAACAGAUCGACCUGCUGCAGAGACUGCGGCAUACAGGUAUGACCAAACCCGAGAUCGUGCACGCGCUGAACACCCUGGAGCGACUCGACCGCGAGCACGGGGACAAGUUUGGCCGGCGCGGCCCGUCGGACUCCAAUGCCACCAACAGCACCACCUCCAGCACUACACCCACCUCAAAUAACACUAGCAACGCCACCAUGGCAACCUCCUCCACCACCUCCACAGCAACGCAAACGCAGUUCCACGGUAAUUUAUCGCCGUCGCCCAGCAACAGUUACGCCACAUCUCCACCCGCCGUCUUACCCUCGCCGGUCUCUCUGGUCGCCAUGGCGCAGAAUGGGCGGGACGCUUUGGCGGCGACGCCCAAUGGGAAGCUGUCGCCAAACCGUUACCCAGUGAACAGUGCGGCGGCUGUGAGAUCGUAUGGGCUGGAGGGGUCAGAGGAGGACCUGGAUAUAGACGACAAGGUGGAGGAGCUCAUGAGGCGGGACAGCACCCUGGUGAAAGAGGAAAUCAAAGCCUUUCUGGGCAACAGACGCAUUUCACAGGCCGUGGUGGCUCAGGUCACAGGCAUCAGUCAGAGCAGAAUCUCUCACUGGCUCCUCCAGCAGGGCUCAGAUCUCAGCGAACAGAAGAAACGAGCUUUCUAUCGCUGGUACCAGCUGGAGAAGACAACGCCAGGUGCCACAUUAAAUAUGCGGCCCACCCCUGUAUCUCUGGAUGAGAUGGAGUGGCGUCAGACUCCACCCCCCAUAAGCUCCGCCCCUGGAAGCUUCCGUCUGCGCAGAGGCAGUCGAUUCACCUGGAGGAAGGAAUGUCUUGCGGUGAUGGAGAGCUAUUUCAGUGAUAAUCAAUAUCCAGAUGAAGCCAAACGAGAAGAAAUCGCUAAUGCCUGUAACGCUGUUAUUCAGAAACCAGGAAAGAAGCUGUCUGACUUGGAAAGAGUCACAUCAUUGAAAGUCUACAACUGGUUUGCCAACCGACGCAAAGAGAUCAAGAGGAGGGCCAAUAUUGCCACAAUCUUGGAGAGUCACGGGAUCGAUGUGCAGAGUCCCGGAGGACACUCCAACAGUGACGACAUCGACGCUAACGACUACAACGAGCAGGGUUGUGAUGUUACCUAUUUUGAAAAGAGAGGCGUGAACAGACCCUUUGGUUACUACCGUCUGGAGCCCACCUCACCAACACAGGAUGACGCCGGCAAUCACGCAGACCACCAGGACCCCAUCUCUCUCGCCGUGGAGAUGGCAGCUGUCAAUCACAGCAUCCUCGCCCUGUCCCGCCCGGGAGGCGUGGCCAGUGAAAUCAAGACAGAGUCACUGGAUGAUGACUGAGGAAGACCACUGGACGAAGAGGAUCUAUGAGUGCGUGUGUGGACGUGUUCAUGGAGCAAUGACCAAAUCAGCGCUCUGUCUCAAGCUUUUAGAAUCCAGUAUCGCCUGCCAUCGACACUCCUGCUGAACCACUAAACACACCCAGAGACAACGACACACACUCUUGACAGGAACUGAUAAGUGGAAGGUCGUUCCACGAUGUUCGGCUCUUAUUUAAGCCUCCCGAAACCCUUGCUGACCCAAACCUCGUACCUCAUUCCAGUAACUUGUAUAAUGUUUGGUGUGCUUCCUGUCUGUGUGCUCCAGCGACCCUCAUUCUCACAGAUAAGCUAAAGGCAGGUGCAAAUAUCUCCUCCAUUCCCACUACAGAUGCUCUCAGUUAACAGGUUUAACGUUUCUACUUUACUUUUGUAAUUAAUUUCAUCAAACAGCAAUUGAGUGAAUCUCAUGAAAACCGUCGUGAACACAUUUCACCACAAAAUGAAAGGGAAAUUAAUAUAUUUUGCAUAAAAUAAAUAUUUUAGAGACUGUAGAGGUUUGUUUGCACAUUUUAAAACACACUUUCCUUUCCAAAAAUCUUUUAAAUUGUAAAGCGUUUAUGGUCUUAAACACACACUGUAUGCUGACUUGAAAAAUAAUCAAAAAAAAAAAUAAAUAUUAAAAUAUUUUGAGGGAAAAUGUGCAUAAGAUUAGAUUAGAUUCAAUUGCAUAAUUGCUAUGAUGCCCUGAAAAAUAUCUUCAAAAUGCAAAAUAAAAUUUAAUAUUUUCCUUUUGGUUUGUGGAUGAAAUUUAACCUGGAUAUAUAGUGAGAUUUAUCCAGUUGCGUUAUACUGUGUUUUGAUUUGAAUCAUGUUCAAAUGGGGGGGGGGGGGGGUUAAUUAUAAUUGUAGUGAAACUUGAAAGAUGUGGUUACAUAACCGCCAAAGCGCAAGUUAUUCUGCGCAAAAGCUGAAGUCUCCUGGACUCUAAAUGAACCUGCAGUCAGCAGACGGCUAGCUUUCUUCAUUUUAAACCGUUAAGUAUCAAGCAUUACCCAAAGUGCAUUUGCAUUAAAGCGCUAUUCUUACGUUUGCAUUUAUUUCGCUUUCACGUUUUAUAUCCAUGCAAAGAUUUCACACAAAGUGUCAAGACUGAAACAUCUGCUCUCAUCGUGUUGAAAAUCAAACACGUCAACGUGAAAUAUCAUUCCACUAAAAUUCUGGCUCAAGUUGAACGCUGUCAGAAUUAUAACGUGCAAACUCCCACGAAGCUUUAUUAUUAUGAAAUGACAUCAGAAUUACACAGUGUUAAUUGUUCAUGAGAGACUGACUGAUAAAUGUUUGUUCUGCUGCCACAGAGCUUCGAGAGUCUGAACUCUCAUCUAACAUAAGCUUGGUUCCAAAAUGUAGCUUUUUUUAAUUAAAAAAAGGUUCUAAAAGAACUUGAUUCUCUUGCUGGGCUUCAUUCAUUCAAACGAGCAGAACGAAUGAUUCGUAGAGCCAUUCUAAUGAUCCCAAACUCAAUGCAACACUUACAUAAAGUGAAAAUUACAUAAGAAUGGUUUUACAAACAGCUAAAAAGUGUCAAGAAUAAUGAAGCCCAGUUUUUAUGUAUCCUUUCUCUAUCUUCCUGUGUACAACUGAUAUUUAUGAAAUGCCAAUUUGUGUUUAAUAAUAAUUCAAGAUUUUUUUUUUUUUUUUUGAUUGUUUUACACCGUUUUUAUGUUUUAUGUUCAGAGCAGUCUCCUGAAGCGUGUCUGAAUCAGAUCAAGCACCCCCUUCACUUUUAUUUGC